UAAAGUAUCGUUUGUAAAUCUAUAGAAAUAUGUAUUUAGAUCUAGGUCCUUACUAAGUACUAUAUAGAUCUACAUUGAGUGAUUGACUACAAUACAUGUACUAGAGUCUAGAUCUAGAAUCUAAAUUUAAAUCUAGAAAUACUAGAUAAGAAAAAAAAGGACAACAUGAGCAUAACCUCGUUGCCUGAUGACGUUUUGUUUCUGAUUUUCAAAUAUUUGUCUCUGAAAGAUCUAUGUCGUUUAUGCUCUGUGUGCAGAAGAUUUCAACAUUUAACCUCUAAAGACUCAGUAUGGAUUCAAAAUAUAUACAGACUCUCCACUGUCAAAAAUUUAUUACCAUUCAUCAGCCGCAGUCAUUCCGCUAAAGAUUUAUCUCGUAUUGCCUACAACUGGAUCCAUGGAAAAUACAAAGAAGGGUUUAUUAUCAAAGUAAAUCGUAGAUUUAGGUUAUUACCAUGGUUGCAAAAAACAGAUGAAGGCAUUUGGUUUUCUUGUAGAAACAAAAUUUGUUUCAUCACUUCAAAUUCAUCAGGGUAUUAUUAUGAAGAAAAACAGAGAUGUCUUCUUGGCUUGCCAGAUGAUGCCACCAAGUUCACAGUCAAAAACAAUGUGGUUGCUAGUGGAUGCAUAGAUGGCAGUGUCUGUGUAUGGGACAUCUCUAGAGGAAAAUAUUUCUGUCACAGAAAUAUACACCCUGAUGAGAUACAGUGUAUUGAUUUCACUGAUGAUAUUAUAAUAUCUGGCACCCGGGAUGGUACUAUUAAGUCAUUUCCAUUUACCAAGUCAAACUAUUCUAAGCUUGCAACAAACUCACAUAAUGUUGGAGAGAGAGUUUGGUGCCUUAGCAUAUCUCCAUGUAAAAGUUACUUUGCUGCUGGAUUAGCAGGCUGGCUUUCAGAUCCACCAAUACUACUUUGGGACUUGGCAAGUUCGGAGUGCUUAGGUCGAAUGAAUUUCAACCAUAAACAAGGAGCUGGAGUAUUUGAUUUGAAGUUUGAGUCACCUCAUGAACUCCUCACUUGUGGCUAUGACACAUUCUUAAGACUGUGGGAUUUACGAACGUUAAAAUGUGUUGUUCAAUGGGAGGAACCUUUUGAUUCUGCUCUGUACUGUCUUGAAACAGACAAAAAUAAUUCUAUAGCUGUGGGCACAGCUCAGUAUGGCAUGGUGAGAAUGUGGGAUAAGCGCAAAACAGAACCAGUUCAGGCAUAUUACAGUUACAAAAGUAACAGCCCUGUCUAUUCACUCGCUACUGAUCAUGGUCAUCUUUACCUUGCUCUUGAUUCUGGACUAAACAUAUUAAACUUUACAGCACAUCACAUGCCAAGCAAACUCAAUCCUUCAACUUUCAUGGGCUAUCAGGCAUGUUAAAAGGAUAGCAAUGUUUCUAACCAUGUAGAUUUGCUAUUGACAUUUUCAAAUUAACAAAGACGUGCUUAGAAAAUAUGAAUUAAAAUGUCAAAUAUGUAAGUCAUCAAAUGAAAACAUUCUUUGAUAAAUGAAGUGCACUCUGGAAUAUUUUGUAUUCAACCUGAGAAGUUAAUCAAAUACAAAUGAAAUAAUAAAAUGAUUUUGCACUCGUACAUUAAAGCCAUUCAGGCCUUGAUAUUUAAAAAUCUGUGAUAACAAAGAUAAUAAACUUGUACAAGAAAUAUUGUGUGUAUGUGUGCUUUCUGUCUUGUUUGUGAUUAUAUAGACAUUGUAUUAUAAAGAUGAAAUACAGAAAGAAAAACAGAGAUAAUCUUAAUAAAGUUUUAUUUCAUAACAAAUAACAUCUGCCUAAGUAGUGGCAAGGCUUACCAACAAUACUUUUAUUUCUGAACAAUGAAGUAAAGUAUCCACAGUUUGAAAUUGCUAACAGACAAAAGAAAAAAAAACAA